AUGAUGGUUGCUCCCGAGAUGAAUUUUGUUGGCAUUACAAGUUUUGGCAAAGGAUGCGCCUUACAAGGUGAUCCCGGUAUUUAUACACGAUUAGCUUACUAUCAUGACUGGAUCGACUUGAUUGCGGAUGAAACAGAACCACCAACACCAAUGACAUACACAUGUGACAAUACAUUAGUACCUUGUGGUUGUAGUUAUAAUGAUGUUGAACUUACUCCAUCGAGAAUUGUAGGUGGUGAACAGGCGAUACCUAAUAGUUGGUCAAUGAUGGUUUCUCUUCGAGGAGCUUCAUCCGGUCGUCAUUUUUGUGGUGGUUCUAUUCUAUCAGAUUCUUAUAUUCUCACAGCAGCUCAUUGUGUCGAUACUGACUUACCUAGUGAUGUAAUAGUUGCUGCUGGUAUGCAUAAUAAAUCCGAUGAAAAUGCUG